AUGGAACACCUUGUUACUUUCUGCUGCAGUCCGAUAUUUACGACAUCAUGUUUGAAGGAUUGGGAGAAGUUCGGCAGGAAGAAUUUUCUAACAAAGUGCAAGGAAGGUGGAAUGGCUGGAUCUGUCAAAUUGUUCACGGAUUUGGUAUUGAAGUUGAUAAAUGGAGAAGGGAAAAUUGAUAUACUUGCCAAAUUAGUUCCUGAGUUAUUUAAAAUAUUUGGUGGUAAUGGAUCCUUUGAAUCCGACCUGUUAGAUUCCCUUUGGUUAAUUGACUCGUCAAUUGCUGAUAUUAAAUCAGAAUCUGUUCGAGAUCGUUUCUAUCGGUUAAUAGAAAUUCUGAAGAAUCAUGUGAAUCCUGCUUUGAUUAUGGAGAGAUUUUGUGAAGAGACCUUGGAAAACCUGUCAUUCAUUCAAUCGAAACAACAGUUCCAAACGCGUUAUGUUCGCACUAAAACGCGUUUAUUUUUCAAACAACAAAAAUUUAAUUUGCUACGUGAAGAAAAUGAAGGCUAUGCCAAGCUGAUCACAGAAUUAUGUCAAAUAAAGUCAACUGCGUCGAUGGAGGCCGCAAUGGUUCAGAUUCGAUCAUUAAUUGGUUAUUUUGAUUUGGAUCCAAAUCGUGUCCUGGACCUGAUAUUAGAUGUUUGUGAGUUCCGUGGUGAUAUGUACGAGGAAUUUGUUCAGUUGAUACGACUUUACAACCCUGAUAGAAUAGAUAUGACUAAUAUAUUGGGACACAAAUAUCAUUUUACACAAGAACCCGGUGUCAAUACACCAGAGUCAUUGUACAAAGUUUCAGCAUUUUUAAUUUGGAAAAAGUUAAUUGACUUGGAUGUAUUAUACGGACACUUAACUCCAUCCGAUGCGGAUAUUCAGCAAUCUCAUAAUCGUCAAAUUAACUUGGCUAAAUCUUAUCGUCCACAACCGCCGGCAAGUUUAUCUUAUUCAGCAACUUCUGCGAUCAAUACCUCGUUGAAUACUGCAAUCAACUGUGAUUUAAUUCGUGUUGAUGGUCUAUUGAGCCAGGAUUCUCAACUUGGUGGUAGUGGUACUACUUCUGUUUCUGGGACAUUGAUGACGAACGAUUGGACUGGUCCUAGGACGUCAGGAGCGCUAACUUCUCGCUCUGCAGAAGAGCUAAUGCAAUUGGAGGAGAAUCCCGAUGUAAAUUUAAGUAAAACGAAUUCACAUGAUGUUAGUGAAGUUGGUAUGAUAGAUAUAAGUAUUGAUCAAGAUGGAUUGUAUGAAAAUAACCAAAAAUUGGAGUUAUGUGCUGCCAUGGUUCGUUUAGGCGAUUGGACAAAUGCUCAACGUCUGUUAGAACGCCUACCUGGUUACUGGGCAACUACAUAUGAACCUUUAACACGAGACAUAUGCAAUUUGUUGCAUUGUUUAAUUGAACCUUUGUACAAUAAAGCUUGCCCUUUACCUGCCUGUUUACAACGUAAUCGUUUUCGACCGAGAAUCGAGUCAUUCAAAGCAUUAAAUGCAUCUAUUAAUUUACAUGGUAUUGAUGAGAAAUCGUCUGUUGAUUGUGAAAUACAUGAAGACAGUCGGACCAUUACAAAUAAUAAUAACAAUAAUAAUGAUUGUAUUCUAUUAUCACCUGUUCAUGAUUUUGUUGGCCUUGCCAAGUAUGUAAUACCAAUAGCAAUUUAUUUAGGCCCGCAUAUGUCAUAUGAUUUAAUAUUAAUAGUGAAGUUUUGUCGUCUUGGUCAAAUAUAUCUUUCUGAACAGCAACAAAACCUUCGGUCUGACAAGAUUGGAAUUGUUUAUCAAGGAUUUUUUAAUUUAUUAGAUGAAGUGCUUCUUCCGUCGUUGAGUUUGGUUGAUGCUAAUUGUUGUUUGGCUGAAGAGAUUUGGCAGAUGUUACGAUUUUUGCCUUAUGAACAUCGAUAUCGGUUAUAUGGACAAUGGAAACAUUUCAACGUUCAAACUGAACCUAGCCUAAUACGUCGGCGGGCUCAAGUAAUGUGCUAUGCUAAGGCGAUUAUGAAACGAUUGAGCAAGGAAAACGUUAAACCAAUGGGUAGACAUCUUGGAAAAUUGUCACACAGUAAUCCAGGUUUAUUAUUUGAUCACGUCUUGCAUACAGUUCAACUGUUUACAAAUCUUAUAAAUCCUGUUGUUGAAGCAUUGAAAUAUGUUAGCAGUUUAGGCUAUGAUAUGCUAACUUUUUGUAUUAUUGAAGCACUUGCCACAGAUCAAUCGAAACUGGAAGAUUUACAAUUAAGUCAAGGUUUACAAGCAUUGUCGUUGUUUACUGGAUUGUUGUGCAGAAAGUAUCAAUUCGAUUUGGCUGGUUUGUUACAAUAUGUACUGAAUCAAUUAAAAGUUGGUAAAAGUUAUGAUUUGGCAAUAUUACGUGAAAUUCUCCAUCGUAUGUCUGGUAUCGAUAUCUCGGAAGAAAUGACGGAAGAACAAUUAGAAUCCAUGUCAGGUGGUGAAUUACUAUUGCAAGAAGGUGGUUAUUAUGCACAGAUACGUAACACACGUCGUAAUGCUGGACGUCUUAAAGAUGCCUUGGUUGAACAUAAUUUGAUCAUGCCAUUUAUUUUUUUAAUGGCUCAACAGCGUGAUGCUAUCAUAUUUCUAGAUGAUCCAGAACGUCACUGUAAAUUAGCUGGGCGUUUAUAUGAUCAGUGUCAAGGUACUCUUGUACAAUUCAUAACAUUUCUUAGUCUUCAAUUAACUCGUGAUGAAAUGCAAACUCAGUGUUUAAAUAUUGACAGAAUGAUGGGUGAAUUUCAUGUUCCAGCUGAUACUGCCUUUUGUUUUCAUCGUAAUCUGUUUGAACAAAAAGUUGCUCGUUUAUUUGAAAGCAAAGAACAAGCAGAAACAAUGAAAUCUGGUGAAAAAUCAAAGUCAUUCAGCAAGACAAUUUUCUCAGCUGCUUCUUUACAUGUGUGCAAUGAAAUAGCUGCAGCUAUACGUCCAUUAUAUCCAGCUCGUGUAUGGGAUGAAUUAGGCAUUGUGUUCUUUAUCACAUUUUGGAGCUUACAGUCAAGUGAUUUAGUUGUCCCCGAAUCCGCCUAUCAACGACAAAUACAACAAUUAAAAGAGCAGAUUCAACAAAUUGAUACGCCGGCUAGUGGAUGGAAUUCAACAAAAAAGAAACGUGAGAUAGAACGUUUAGAAAAUUUAAUUGAACGUCUAACCAAUGAACAAGCUGAACGGGAAGAACAUGUAACACGUGUACGUGCUUGGCUUAUGACUGAACGUGAUAAUUGGUUUCAAACACGAUUAGCUACAAAAACUGAUACUAUUACACAAUUCUUACAAUUAUGUAUAUAUCCUAGAGUGUGUUUCACCGCAACUGAUGCUAUCUAUGCGGCACAAUUUAUGCAUGUUCUGCAUCAAUUAAAGACUGCACGAUUCUCUACGCUGAUUUGUUUGGAUCGAAUUUUUAAUGAUAUAACGUUGCCAACCAGUAUGUGUACAGAAAAUGAAGCGCAUCGUUACGGUCGAUUUUUAUGUGCAGUCUUAGAACUUGUGAUGCGUUGGCAUGCCAGUGAAGAAGUGUUCAAUCAAGAAUGUGGUCAAUAUCCUGGUUUUGUUACUGUCUUCAGAAAGACAUAUCAAGGUUUAGAUGCGAAUACUAAACCAGACCAAUUGCAGUAUGAGAAUUAUCGUCAUGUUGUACAUAAAUGGCAUUAUCGUAUUACAAAAGCAAUUGUUGCUUGUCUAGAAUCUGGUAAUUAUGUUCAAAUUCGCAACGCAUUAAUUGUAUUAACACGAAUUCUACCUCAAUAUCCGAAAAUCACACAGUUCGGAAGUGCUGUUGAACGACGUGUAAAUAAACUAAAAGAUGAAGAGAAAGAUCGACGUCCUGAUUUAAAGGCUUUAGCAUUCAGUUAUGCUGGCCUAAUGCGUCCACGUAAAGUUAAAUGGGUUAGUGAGGAAGAAUUUCAUUUGAAAGAAACUAAACCAAUUCGCUCAGAGACGAAUACAAAUUAUUCAAGUAAUCAUCAAAGCAUCAACAGUGGUGGUAACACUAAUCGUACUGUAUCAAAUCCUGACAAUAGUUCCGGAACUACUGUCAACUCAACUAGUUACGGUCAUAAUCCACGUGGACAUUCCGGUUCAAAUCAAUUGACCAGUUUUUCGAAUGCGCCUUCAAAUAUAAACAACACUAGUUGUGGUAUCACCAAUACUAAUACCAGUAGUAGUGGUAGUGGAGGCAACAACACAAUUUUUGUUACUAGCAUCACUAAUUCAUCUAGUAGUUCUGCGACACUUGAACCUCCUCAUAUUUCAGUAUCUGUUCGACGUACUUCAACACAACCACCACCAUCAAAUCAAACUAGUAAAAUCCCAUCCAACUCAACUGUUGCUCCAAGCGGUAGUGUUCUGGAAACACGGUCACGACCUCAAACAGUGAAUGCGUCUAUAACAGCCGUAGAGUCUUCGAAAUGCAAUCCUUCUGGUCAACUAUCCGGGUCUGUGUCACUGUCCUCGGUAACAGCUGUGAGCAAUUCUAGUAGUUCGAAUAAUUUGAGCAAUAAUUCACCUUCCAUUCCAACAACUACCCAAAGUAAAUUACGAUCUAGUCAACGUUUUGAGUCAUCUCUACCACCUCCAGACGAUGAUGUUGCUUCUGUACCGGGACCACAAUCACAUUCAUAUGUUACUCAUAUUCUAUAGUACGUUCACAAGCUUUAACGACAAGCUGCGAAAAUGUUAUUGCCUAAUAUAUACUUAUGCACCUAAUGACUGAAUAACUCAACUUCUAGUGAAUAUGUCGCAGAUUUUACCCUCCAUUUAAUCCUGUCAAGCAACUGAGUGAUAUCAAGUAAACUUAAACGUAAUUGAAGUGAGGCUCAGAUAAAAAUCUGUUUGUAAAUAAGUGGGUAAUAAUAUUACAUAUUUACUGAUACAUUUAUCCUGAUUACGUGUCUAGUUUUUAUUUAGUUGUUAUUGUUUUUACCUCGUUUAAUUAUUACCAACAGCAUCGAAACGACGCAGAAUGGAAGCAGCCAGCGCGAAUUUGACUAGUCCUAAUGGGUGCAUUUUAAGUGUGACAACAUCCAAGGCAUCAGUGAACACAGUUGACGAACCACGUGAGUCACAUAAAUCUUCCACACGUAAACGUUCAACUCCCACAACUAUUCCAGGAAGUGCCCCGAUCACUCCAGAAACUGCUAUACAAAAUUUACGCUACACAAAUGCCGGUAUAGUUUCCAACACUGUUCCCAGUGUUAAUUCUUGCAGCGGCGGUAGUAGUGGUACUGGUAGUCGUUCAACAACAAGUCCUGGUGAAAAUGUUUACCCUGUUAAUUCUUCUCUACGUCAUCAUCAUCAUCAUCAAUCUAGACAGUCGAGUCAUCAAAGAGCAUCAUCAGGUAAUUCUACUGAAAGUAGAGAACCAAGCUUAGAAAAUGAACGAAAUUUAAUUGCUUCCAGUUCAGCAGGUUUGGUAAAGAAAGCAAAGAAAGCUCAUCAUCACCACCAUCAUCAACGUUCGUCAUUAGAUUCAAUGAAUAUGGAAUCUAAUCUUAACAAUAAUAUUAAUAAUAAUCCGGGUUCUAUUACUAUAUAUUCAACUUCAGAAUCCCAAGGACCAUCUCGACAUUCACGUAGAUAAAUAUUAAACACCGAUGAAAAUCACAUCGGUUUUAUUCUACGGUCUUAUUUUUUUCUCUCUCUCUCUCUCUUGUUUUUCCUUAAAUUCCUUUCUCCUAUCUAUCUCUCUCACAUACACAAACUCUUAUUACAAGUGAUCACAUAAUCAUCAUGUUCGAUCGCAUUUAGUUCAUACUUUCCUAUGAAUUGCACAGUUAUCGUGAAAAUAUCUACUGAGUUGUAUCAUAUUCUUUCUUAUCCUUUGUUUCCGUAAUUAAAGUACUUUCUAAUAUGUAGUUUUUUAUAAGCUAAACAUUUAAUCCUUGUACGCACGUUUGUGUGUGUAUAAGUACAUGCGCAUGAGAAUAAUCAAUUUUUGUUCCUUAUCCCGUGUAUCUUUCUAUGAUAGACAGUAUUGGCAGCAAGUUGACAAAUAAAAUGAAUUGCUCUGUUCGUACACAUC